UGGGAUUCCAUUACUUUUUGCAUGACAAGUUGAGCUAGCCGGGGGAGAGAGAGCUAGGGUUUCUCACCAGCUGAGAACCUGCUUUUUUUUCUGGCUUCAUCUCCAUAGAGAACAAGAGAAAGCAGUUGAAAGUUUUGAACAUCGUUUGGUCUAUCAAAGAGAGUGAAUAUUAUGGCUAUCUUCAACAUUCAGCAUCCUUGGACAUUUACUUUUGGAAUCCUAGGUAAUAUUAUUUCCGUCCUCGUGUACUUAGCCCCUGUAACAACAUUUUAUCGAGUGUACAGAAAGAAAUCUACCGAAGACUUCCACUCGCUGCCUUAUUUGGUAGCACUAUUUAGUUCUAUGUUGUGGUUGUACUACGCAUUACUCAAGACAGAUGCUAUGCUUCUCAUCACCAUCAACUCUUUCGGAUGUGUCAUUGAGAUGAUCUACAUCACCAUGUUCAUUGUCUAUGCACCAAGCCACGCCAAGAAAUUAACGAUCAAGUUCUUCGCCCUUAUGAACGUCGGGAUGUUUUCUUUGAUCUUUCUCGUCACACAAUUCGCAGUCGGACAUUCAUAUAGAGUCCAAGUUCUUGGUUGGAUUUGUGUAGCCAUUUCUGUCAGUGUUUUUGCAGCUCCUUUGAGCAUUGUGGCACAAGUGAUCCGAACAAGGAGCGUAGAAUUCAUGCCAUUUACGUUAUCAUUUUUCCUAACGUUGAGUGCCAUAACAUGGUUUGCUUAUGGUCUUCUUCUCAAGGACAUAUGCAUAGCUGUUCCAAACGUAUUGGGGUUCGUGUUGGGGCUCCUACAAAUGCUUCUAUAUGCAAUCUACAGAAACUACAAAACAGAAGAGGAUCAGGAAAAGAAGCUUUCAGAACACAUGAGGAACACAUUAGCCACUUCUGAUCAAGUACAUCCUGUUGAUAAUGCUAAGUACAACGGUGAUCACGAUGAUAAAGUCUCAAAGGAACAUGAUCGUCAUCAUGACGAUCAGAAAACGUCAGAAGUUUCUCCGGAUGAUCAUCUCCACCCCAAUCAAACGGCAGUUUAAAUAUAUAAAUAUUGGAUCAGUAUAAAUGUGUAACAGUCAAUCAUUAUGAUCAUGAUCAACAUCCAAUUAUUUAGCAGGCCUUAGAGCAAAAACUCCGAUACAAAAAAAGUGCCUUGUAAUCAGCUCUUUUCUGAUCGUUUAUACUUUUCUCUUUUUUUUUUU